AACGACUCAAAAACAAAACCCAACACUGACAAAUUACACACAACACACACACGCAGACACAAACGGACAAACACACAAACAAAAGCACAAAACACGCCCCACGCUAAUGGACUAACAAAGUGGACCGCAGAUAAAAACAUAUAAUGGGAAAAUCACGCAAGAACGCCCAGAGACAAAAGGAAAGGAAGCGGAGGGAGGAGGAGAUAGAGGAGACGAGGGAGUCAUGAGGAGCUGGAGGGUGAAAAGGAAGGAAGAGAGAGAGAGGUGCGCUAUGUACCGUAGGGCGCCUCAGUAGCUAUCAGGAGGAGGAGGAGGAGGUGGAGGAGGAGGAAGAGGAGGAGGAGGAGCGGGCGGCGGCAGCGGAGGCAAGCCAGUCAGUGUUGGUGUCGACUCCGCGUGGCAAAGAGCUGCGUCCCGUGUCGCGUCUCCGAGGGUGUGUGGCAGCCCUUCUCCCUCCGCAGGUUCCCGCCGCGCCGCGUGUUGCGAGGGCGAGGAGCGAGGCCCGCGGUGAAACCUUACUCUCAUUCUCCCUUUCUCUUCCUCUCCCUCUAUGCCACUUCUCAGUUUGAAGGUCAUCUCGUAAAACUUGAGUGGGACAAACUUUUUUUUUAUUGUCGCUCUCUUGCUGAGUCUCUCGCACUGUCAGGUAAGGGUCCCACCGGCCUGACUAACUAGCUAAGUAACUUCCCGGUUCGAGCGUACUUAAACUUUUCGCACUUAACUGGAUGGCAAGAACGAUAUCCCAUGUGCUUUCCUGAAUUUCUCUCAGUACACGAGAGCUUGUUGGGAAAAUCCUCGUAAUUUAACACUGCAAUAGCUAAGUGGGCGAGACAACAACGAGUGAAGGAAAAGUUUUAAACCUAAGUGAGUGUUCUUUCUGGUGGGAGAAGAAUACCAACAACUAUUUCCGAAGUUUGUCACUGCUGGAAACUUUGCGAGUGACAUUGGGCGACCGUCGCCUGAGGAACACACACACACACACACACACACACACACACACACACACACACACACACACACACACACACACACACCUUCACAUCUCUAAGAACCAACUACGGGACGCCCUUCAUUUCCUCCGCCGCAUCUAAACCUGUGGGCUCGUGAAGUAUAACUCAUUAGCGCCUCUCCCUGCGUCUCCAUUGCUCACACACACAAGGGAAACUUGAAUAUAUAAAAAUGGAUGCUUCCAUAGUGCGCUCGACGUAAGGAAGAUCUGUAAGACUUUCAUUCCUACACACAAACUCUGAAGUACUUUGUGUGUCCUUCUCUCCUUGCUUCACUAACCAAACCUCUGGAAAAUUAGUCGAAAAAUAUGAUAAUGGAUGAUUCAAUGGUGCAUGAGACGUAAGGGAGACACGGCCGAGGGGAAGACUUGCUUGUACUGGUGAUUGAUUGGUGCGGGGAUUCAAUCUAUCACGUCAACCUGCUCCAGUUGACGGAGGAUUAACAUGGAGAGGAUUAGCAGCAUCCCGUUUUGGUGACCCGCGCUACCUCCUUCCUGUGUGUGUGUGUGUGUGUGUGUGUGUGUGUGUGUGUGUGUGUGUGUGUGUGUGUGUGUGUGUGUGUGUGUGUGUGUGUGUGUAGUAUGAGGGAAGGAGGCGCGGCGUGGGAGAGGUCCACGGGUCCCCAGUGCCGCUCCGGUGCCUCCACAGUGCCAAUCAUGGUCUUCCUGCGUCCCCUCGUCUUCGUUACUUUCUACGCCAUCGCCAUGACCACCGUGCGCUCGCAGGAGGAAGAAGCAGUGUGGUCAGUGACGGGCGUCCCUGGGCGAUCCAGCGACCUGCCCUGCUACCUCAACCCUCGCACGCCGGGAGACAGACCCAAGCUGAUCCUGUGGUACAAGAGAGGGAUCCGCACGCCGGUCUUCACUUACGACGGUCGCGAGCCGCAGUUACAGUCGGGGACGCACGAGGCUGUCGGAGCGCUGACGUUGAGUGGAGGCGCCGCCACCCUCACCUUGACCAGCGUGGGCGAGGACUCCGGGGGCCUGUAUGAGUGUCGGGUGGAUUUCUUCAAGUCCCCGACCCAUACCAGCCUCGUGAACCUGACCAUCAUCGAGCCGCCGCGGAGUGUGGAGGUGCUGGACAGCCAGAUGGGGCGGGCAGAGGAUGGUAUUGUAGGUCCCUACCAUGAAGGCCAGAAGGUUGUCCUCACCUGCAUAUCAUGGAGAGGCACACCACUCCCUAACGUGACGUGGUGGCGGGAGGAGAGGCUGCUGGACGAGACGUGGGAAGUGGGGGACGAAGGGCGGCAGCAGGUAAAUAACUCCCUGGUGGUGGAAAGACUGACGCGUGAAUGGCACAACGCGACCCUCACCUGCGCUGCCACCAACACGCCCCUCGCUGAGCCCAUCACCGCCUCCGUCACCAUUAAGAUGUUUCUGUUGCCAACCAGCGUGGUGAUCCGAGGUCCAGGCGCGGUGCGUGAGGGGAGUCAAGCUGAACUCCUGUGCACCUCUUCAGGGUCGCGCCCACCUGCCAAGCUCACCUGGGCCUUUGAGGGGAGAACACUGGAGUCGGUGCAGCUGGACCCGGGGUACGUCGGGGGCGGCAGCGAGGUGAGCACCGCGCGCCUGCUGGUGAACGUGACGCGGGAACACAACGGUACGAGGGUCGCGUGUGUGGCCACCAACCCCACCAGGCCAGAGUCUCCGCUCACCAACACCACCACGCUCACCGUCCACUACCCGCCCCGAGUGACCGCCACGAUGGGCCAAAACGUGGACCCAUCGCGCCUCAAAGUAAAAGAUGACGUGUACUUUGACUGCAUCGUGUCCGCCAACCCCCACGCCUCCCCCAUCACCUGGUACCACGAGGGCCGCGUGUUGAUUCAGAACCUGACGGGUGGCGUGAUCCUGGCGGGCAACUCUCUAGCGCUGCAAAGUGUGAAGCGGCAGCAGGCGGGGCGCUACACGUGCUCCGCCACUAACCCUCUCGGCACCGCCACUAGCGACCCCGUCACCCUCAGGAUCAAGUACUCCCCUGUGUGCCUCUCCUCGCCCACCGCCUAUUUCAUCUACGACAAGCCCAUCAACAUCACCUGCACAGUCUCUUCCUAUCCCGCCGUGAGCGUCAUCAUGUGGCAGUGGAACAAUAGUAACGAGGUCAUUGAAACCCCGUCGCUGGAGGUGAGUCACGACGAGGCCUCCGCCCAGAUGACGGUGCACCCUCUUCAGAGCCAGGAGGACCGCGCGCUCUCCUGCUGGGCUGUCAAACGAGAUGGGGAAGCAGACCCAAACCUGUGGCUUCUCCGUCAAGGUCGCCAAGACGCCGCUGCCGCUGUCGUCGUGUCGUCUUGCCAACAUCACCGCCUCGUCCCUCAGCCUCACUUGCCAGCGCCCCGACGUGGACGCCGCUGGCACCAUUCACUACAGGGCCGAGGUGUAUUUCGAGAACAGAACGCUCUUCGCUAACGUUACCUCGGAGCGUCCCAACUUCAACGUGAGCUGCCUAGACGCGGAGACCAGCUACCAGAUCAAGGUGUACGUGACGCACGGUCCCAUCACCUCCCAACCCGUGGUCGUAUCCGCCUACACCUCCCGCACCUCCAGGACCCCGCCAGGUGCAGCGAAGGGCGGGCAGGGCGGCGGGUCAGUGGGCGGUGUGGUGGGCGGCGUGAUCGUGACGCUGGUGCUGCUGGCGGGCGUGGUGGCGGCCAGAAACUACUGCAAGAGGAAGAGGAGUCGCAGGAAGCAGGAACCACGCCCCCCUUCAGACGAUAGCAAUCCUGACGUGGUCCCAAACAUCGAAGAGACCUACGACCUGCUGUCCGCCGCAGAGAAGAAGGUGGACGUCACGCUUUACGAGGUGGUGGAGAGCUCCGUGCACGACGACAUGCCCAUGCACUCCCUCGGGCAGAGCUCAGACGCGUACCGGCCCCUGGUGAGGCAGCAACACUCACCCAAGGAUGUGGAAGAUUACCCGGGCGUGAGGGGAGACGUGUACUGCCCGGUGGACCAAAUGAUGCAGGCCGAGGAGAGCGUGGUAUGAGCCGCGGCCACCAGGGAGGGAGGCGACGCUGGAAAUGAAAGAUAAGGAGAAUGUUUGACCUGAAGAGGAGCUAACCAAGAGUCUUCCCCGCUGAGAUGUCAUAAGAACAUAAGAGGGUGAGAAAAUAAGGGAAGCUAUAAGAAGCCAUCAGGCCUACACGUGGCAGUCCCUGAGAAGAUUACUGCAUGGUGAGGAGGAGAUAUUCUGUGUCUUUCUCUAAGGUAUGGUAUCGAGCAGGUGACGGCAGGUGAUCAAGGUUUCAAGUUCGGAUGUUUUAACUCGCCUUUACCUCCAGGAAGUGUGACGAAGGAAAACAUCAGGUGAGGCUUCGGCCUUCCUCUUCUUCCCUCCCUGUCCUACUCGUGAAGAAGACGAAAGGGACUGUGCUUAAUACUUAAAGCAAUGGUCAAGAUCGGGGCUGAUGCAAGGCUGGUUUGAGGUGCGAGUUGGGAGAGUCACGUGACGGCGGGAGGCAGUGCGGGCAGGUGCAGACUGUAACAUUCAGUGAACUGGACAUUUCAUAGCAAGGCCUUAAUUUGGCUCCACUCACAACACUGCAAUAUCGACCUGCCAGCACGACCUCGUUCGCUCGUCAGUCCGGUGCUAAACGCAAACAGUGGUUCCAUUCGCCGCCACACUGCGUGUCCUGACGGCCGCGUUACGAGGCUGCAGGAGUGCUGGGUCGCCGCGCCAUUCAGCGGUGCGGCGGAGUCCUCGCGGCACUCCACGAGCUUGGCUGGGCGUGCUACGUCUCUAGCCCCCGGGGAGUGAGGCUCAGGGCGGCGCGUCACGUCUGCUAGUCAGGACCCUGGGGUAGCCAGGCGGCGCCCCUAGGUCCUCAUCACCCUCAUUGUGUACAACUCAAUCACCCAGAGAUGAUCAUUUAUGUAUGUAUAUAUAUAUAACGUGUCUGUUGCUUGGAGUAUAUAAUACAUGUACACAUAUGUCUAUAUAUACAUUCUUGAGUAAAUGUAUGUAUAAACAUAUGUCUAUUGAUAAUACUGUUAUAAUGAAAUUAUAUAUAAAUGUUUCAUUAUGUUUCAGUGUGUGUGUGUGUGUGUGUGUGUGUGUGUGUGUGUGUGUGUGUGUGUGUGUGCGCACGCGCAGGUGUGUAUGAGUGGCCAUGCGUAUGUGUGUGAGUGCACGCUUGUGUACGUGUUAUGUGUGUGUGUGUGUGUGUGUGUGUGUGUGUGUGUGUGUGUGUGUGUGUGUGCGUGCGUGCAUGCGUGCGUGCGUGCGUGCGUGCGUCGCUCCCCUCCAAGAGCAGCGGCUUCCUCCUAGCAGCAGCGGUUCACAGGCCGCCAGCCCCGUGGCGGGGUGUGGGGUGCCGGGCUGGGGGCGGGGGCGUAGAUCCCUGGCCCUCUGGAGAUCCCCUCCCCUCCCUCUCCCCGCCCCACAUGUCUAUAUCCAGGCAUCGACGUGAAAUCAAUAUUUUUGUAUUAUUUGUUUGAAUAAACAGAAAAAAAACAGACACACGAGCUA